UAUCCAAAGUUAUGAAACCAAAAUAUUACUUCCUAACUCAAAAUUAUUGAUGGGGAGUAGUCCAUACUUUCCAAAUCAUAAUUCUUUAAAAUUACUUUUCUUUAAAACAGUGACUUUUUAUUUUGGUUCAAGCUGUCAUGUUGUCCAGUUGUUUUGGAAGGACUGGGAACCAAGAGAAGCCAUUCCAAAAUGGAGCUAAUUGCAUAACCAGCUAGACAGGCACAAAAUGAAUUUAAGAAAGACUCACCCUAUUAAACAAAAAUACAGGUCUCAUUAAAUAACCACUAGCAUAGAAAAAUGCAAAACAGGGAUUUCUUGUAUUUGACACCACAAGAUGAGGGAGGUAUCUGUGAUCGAGCAAAGGCUGGGAUUCUUUUAUUCACCGGAAUAAUGCUGGAAUAACAAAUUGGCUUGGCAUCCGGGUAUAGCCUGGUAAAAGCAUUUUACUGAAGUUUUGUGAAUGACAAGUCAGGCCCCUGGGGGUUCUUGCUAAGAAUCAGAACAUUAGAUCUAGAGAUGGCUGUUAGCAUUCAAAUAGAUAGUGUUGUUGGGGUUGUAUAUUUCCAGUGUUAUGAUUGGUCAUACUGGACAAAUAAGAUUCUAGAGUGAAACCUGUCUUAAUAGUUUUAUUUUUGCAUAUUUGUUCUGACAACCAGACAACUUUCUCAAGCUCUCAACCUGGACACUAAACUCUGCCUAAAGAUUUUGACAAAUGAAAAGUCAUGCCAGCAGAAGGACUGUUUUCUUCUGAACCCAACCUACCAAUGGCCUCUGAUCGUUUAUUUAUGUGUAGGUCAUUAAAACCUCUGCAGUUACCAGUGAAGCGCUCAGUAGCUGAUACUUAAUUGAAUUUAAGUCACAUGCUGUCUUGGAAAUGUUUGAACUUGCUGAUCAAAUUUGACUUUCUGGCCCGUUUUCAGUAAGAAAAAGUACCUUCACAGAACUGAAACCUGAAAUCCAUUAUUUACAAACCUUUAGCUUGUGGCAAACCUAUAUCUCCUCCAUUUUAAUUGUUUGGUGGACAAGGUCUAAAAGAUUAAAUUUUACAAUGAGCAUCUAUGAAUUGGUGAAACCUGUUAAGUUAAUCAUAAUAGUGGUAAUGUUCCCUGCCAUGGGUUCAAGUCCCACAUGCUCCAGAGGUGUGCAACAUCUCUGAACAGGUUGAUUAGGGAAGAAAGGCAAAGAACCCAGCUGCUACAUUGGUUAUUUUACAUUUGAUGUGUACAGAUAUGCAGACUAAUUAAACAAACUAUUAUUAAAAGGUGGAUCAACCAAUUACCAACACCAAUUGAAAAAAAUGCUUGAAGAUUUGGUUAAAAGAAAAAAGGAAGCCACAAAAGAUCUUUCAUUGAUGAAUCAGAGAGAGUUCAUCCAGUUUUGCAAGACAUUAUACAGUAUGUUUCGAGAAGAUCCAGAAGAGAACAGUCUUUACCAAGCUAUUGCUACAGUCACUACUCUUCUACUUCAGAUUGGGGAGGCAGGACAAAAAAUACGUAGUUCAGGAAGUAUUUCCAAACUGCCUGCAAGUUCUAAAGAAACGGAGGUACUGACACCUACAAACACAGCGUCUGCUCCAUCUGAAGGAGUGGAUAUGGGCCUGAAAAAUAAUCCUCCACCUUCACAGUCUGGAGAGGAUGACUGGAGUGUGUCCUUUGAGCAAAUUUUGGCUUCACUGUUGACUGAACAAUGUUUGGUGAACUUUUUUGAAAGGUCAGUAGCUGUAAAAAGUAAACUCCUUCAUGCAAAAGCAAAUCAGUAUCAACAGAGAAUUAAUCAGACAAUCCACUAGCCUUUUAAAUAUUUGUUUCAACGCUGGCAGUUGAAACCUUGAAGUUCUACUGUAAAUAAGUCUGUGCUGUCCUAAAUGUUUGGGUACAUGUCCAAGUUUACAGAUUGUAUGUGCAAUUUUGAAUAAAUUCAUUUGAGUA